AACCCUGGCCCGGGUCCAGCCUGCUAUGACUGUGUGUCCAGUUGUGAACUCUUCAGUCCUUCCUUCUCAAAGAAAGGAACAUGUGGAUUUAUAAAGUCCAAGCCGGUCCGGACCCAGCAGGACUUCCCGGGUCCAGCCUCCUACAACCUGCAGAGAUCUUUCAUCAACCAACAGGACUUCAGUGUGGGCGUGUCCAGGGUCUUCAGGUCACCUGUGGCCGUGCAGUGGGACACUCCCAAACACAGGACCCCAGCUCCCAACCAGUACCAGAACCAGGUGAGUUCUGACAGAAGCAGAACCUCCUCAGCAAAUGGUUCUGCAGUUUUCCUCUCCAAAACCACCCGGGACUCAGUGUGGGUGAACAAAGACGUGCCGCCACCAG